UUUUAGUUCUCUAAUCAAUCCAAAAUGGAGUUCGACUUCUGAGUGGUUACGGCAGAAGUUACGUAAGCACACUCCAAAAAAUACUAUCAGUGCUCAUAAAGGAUUUAAUAUUCUCCGUACAGUAGCUUACAGGUGAGAUCAAUUUAAUUCAACUCAACUGGCUAUACAUUUUAUUACAAGAUGCACUCCGUAAUCAAUUCCACUUUGCGAACCCUGAGCAAAACAGAAUCGGGUAAAAUCGCAUCGAUUUUAUCGAACAGCAGGAGUUAUGCUGCCAAAGCAGCAGCCGGUGCCCAAGGCAAAGUUGUUGCCGUUAUCGGUGCUGUUGUAGAUGUACAAUUCGAAGAUAGCCUACCUCCCAUCCUAAAUGCUCUUGAAGUAUCCAACAGAAAGCCAAGGCUCGUCCUUGAAGUAGCCCAGCAUUUAGGAGAAAAUACCGUCCGUACCAUUGCUAUGGAUGGUACUGAGGGUUUGGUACGUGGUCAAGGUGUUGUUGACUGCGGAUCACCCAUCAGGAUCCCCGUGGGAGCUGAGACAUUGGGCAGGAUCAUGAACGUCAUCGGAGAACCAAUUGACGAACGUGGCCCCAUUGUAACUGACAAAAGUGCAGCUAUCCACGCUGAAGCCCCAGCUUUCGUUGAAAUGAGUGUCGAGCAAGAAAUCUUGGCUACUGGAAUCAAAGUUGUCGAUCUUUUGGCUCCUUAUGUAAAAGGAGGAAAGAUUGGUCUGUUUGGAGGUGCUGGAGUAGGAAAAACUGUAUUGAUUAUGGAACUGAUCAACAACGUAGCCAAGGCUCAUGGUGGUUAUUCAGUAUUCGCUGGAGUUGGUGAACGUACCCGUGAAGGAAAUGACUUGUACAAUGAAAUGAUUGAAGGUGGUGUCAUUUCCUUGAAAGACAAGACCUCCAAGGUAGCUCUUGUCUACGGACAGAUGAAUGAACCCCCAGGCGCCCGUGCCCGUGUCGCUUUGACUGGAUUAACUGUAGCUGAAUACUUCCGUGACCAGGAAGGACAAGACGUACUUCUUUUCAUUGACAACAUUUUCCGUUUCACUCAAGCCGGUUCUGAAGUAUCUGCUCUGUUGGGUCGUAUUCCAUCCGCUGUAGGUUAUCAACCCACUUUGGCCACUGACAUGGGUACUAUGCAGGAAAGAAUUACCACCACCAAAAAGGGUUCAAUUACAUCAGUACAGGCCAUUUAUGUGCCAGCUGAUGACUUGACAGAUCCUGCCCCUGCCACUACAUUCGCUCACUUGGACGCCACCACUGUAUUGUCCCGUGCCAUUGCUGAAUUAGGUAUCUACCCAGCUGUGGAUCCUUUGGAUUCUACAUCCCGUAUUAUGGACCCCAACAUCAUUGGAGCUGAACAUUACAACAUUGCCCGUGGUGUACAGAAGAUCUUACAAGAUUACAAAUCACUUCAAGAUAUCAUUGCUAUCUUAGGUAUGGAUGAAUUGUCUGAAGAAGAUAAACUUACCGUAGCCCGUGCCCGCAAGAUCCAAAGAUUCUUGUCUCAACCUUUCCAAGUUGCUGAAGUAUUCACUGGUCAUGCUGGAAAACUAGUACCAUUAGAAGAAACCAUCAAGGGCUUCACCAAGAUUCUUGCAGGUGAAUACGAUCAUCUUCCUGAAGUAGCUUUCUAUAUGGUAGGCCCAAUUGAAGAAGUCGUACAGAAGGCUGAAAAAUUAGCUAAGGAAGCAUCUAAUUAAAUUUAUAAAUAAGUGUUUAAUCACUGACCAUUCAAAAUUUUAACCUUUUUUUACAUUAUAUAACCACACUUUAUUCAUUAUAGUUUAUAUAAUUUAAAACAAGUAGAAAAUCCACAAACAGCAUUGUGAUCAGUGAUUUUACUAAAUAAAAAAAUAUAAAAAA